UCUCUCUUUUUCGUUGAACGGCCGCACCAGCCUAAGACGCCUCAAUUUAAUUCCGCUUCGCCACUUAUCCCGACUCUUCUGGAGAGAGAGAGACCUCGUCACCCUUAUUCCGACUACCCCCUAUCCGGCGAUCUUCGCCGUCAAGAAUACGAAUUAUUCCGCUAGUUUCUGAUACCGUCUUUUUUAUUCCCGACCCAAACGGGAAGUGGUCCAUCCCAUUCUCCUCUUCCCCUCCCAACCCCCAAAACCCUAACCCUAACCCUAACCCUAAUUUUCUACCCCGGUGCAUCGGCUCCUUUGUUUCCUCCCAUGGCGGCUGCGGCGGAUGGGGCGGGCGAGGGCCUACAGAAGCUGGAGUACCUGUCGCUGGUGUCGAAGGUGUGCACGGAGCUGGAGUCGCACGUGGGGUGCGGCGACAAGGUGCUCGCCGAGUUCAUCACCGAUCUCGGCCGCGACUCCGCCACCGUCGACGAGUUCGACGCCAAGCUGAAGGCCAACGGCGCCGACAUGCCCGACUACUUCGUCCGCACUCUCCUCACCAUCAUCCACGCCAUCGUCCCCCCCAAACCCAAAUCCGAUCCCAACUCCAACGCCGCCUCCAAGAACGGCACGAAUCCCCCUUCCGCCUUCCCCGCCCUCGCCCGCCCCGACGACCUCGACCGCGCCCGCCAGCUCCGCCUCGAGAUUGAGCGCGACGCCGAGCGCAAGUCCCACGCUGAAGCGCGCUCCCGCCACGACGACGACGCUGAGUACGACAAUGAUUAUCGUCGCCGGGACCGGCACCGUGGUCGAGAUCGUGACCAUGACAGUGAUCGGCGGCGGGAUCACAGCGAACGGGAUAGGGAUAGGGAUAGAGAUAGAGAUAGGGACAGGAACAGGGAUAGAGAUAGAGAUAGGGACAGGGGCAGGAGCCAUAGAAGGGAUAGUAGGUAUGAGGAGGAGCAAGAUGAGGAUGAUAGGAGCGGUAGAAACCCUAAUUUUAACAGUAGCCAAAGGAUCUCGGAUGAGCCGGAGCUUUACAAGGUGUACAGGGGCCGGGUCUCGCGUGUGAUGGACACGGGAUGUUUUGUUCAGCUCAGUGAUUUCCGCGGGAAGGAGGGACUCGUGCACAUCUCGCAGAUUGCAAGCCGCCGUGUUGCGAAUGCCAAGGAUGCGGUCAAGCGCGACCAGGAGGUGUAUGUGAAGUUGAUCUCAAUGUCGGGGCAGAAGCUUAGCCUUUCGAUGAGGGAUGUGGAUCAGAAGACUGGAAAGGAUUUGUUACCCAUGAGGAAGAGCGGCGAGGAUGAGGCUCUGAGAGCUAAUCCAUCGAGCGGGAGCAAUGGGCCAACAACAAGAAAGGGCCUUUCAGGCAUUACGAUCGUGGAGGAGAAUGAGGGCGGUGGCUCAUCAAGGAGACCUCUUAAGAGGAUGAGUUCACCGGAGAAGUGGGAGGCCAAACAACUUAUUGCUUCGGGAGUGCUCGAUAUAAGAGACUUCCCAAUGUUUGAUGAAGACGGGGAUGGAAUGUUGUAUCAAGAGGAGGGGGCGGAGGAGGAGCUCGAGAUCGAACUCAAUGAGGACGAGCCCGCAUUCUUGCAGGGGCAGAGCCGGUUUUCGAUUGAUAUGUCUCCAGUUAAGAUUUUCAAGAACCCCGAAGGAUCUUUAAGCAGGGCGGCAGCACUACAAUCAGCUCUUAUUAAGGAGAGGAGGGAGGUGAGAGAGCAGCAGCAGAGGACGAUGCUGGAUUCUAUCCCUAAGGAUCUCAAUCGGCCGUGGGAAGAUCCAAUGCCUGAGACUGGUGAGAGGCAUCUAGCUCAGGAACUGAGGGGUGUGGGGUUAUCAGCCUACGACAUGCCCGAGUGGAAGAAAGAUGCAUAUGGAAAGGCCUUAACUUUCGGGCAGAGGUCGAAACUAUCAAUUCAAGAGCAAAGGCAGAGCCUUCCUAUAUACAAGUUGAAGAAAGAGCUGAUUCAAGCCGUGCAUGAUAAUCAGGUUUUGGUCGUUAUUGGUGAGACGGGUUCAGGAAAGACAACGCAGGUGACUCAGUAUUUGGCUGAAGCUGGCUAUACAACGAGGGGUAAAAUUGGAUGUACUCAGCCUCGUAGAGUGGCAGCAAUGUCAGUGGCCAAGAGAGUGGCAGAGGAAUUUGGAUGUAGAUUAGGAGAGGAAGUCGGUUAUGCCAUUCGGUUUGAGGAUUGCACUGGGCCGGAGACGGUGAUUAAGUAUAUGACAGAUGGUAUGCUACUUCGGGAGAUUUUGGUCGAUGAGAGCCUUUCACAGUACUCUGUUAUUAUGUUAGAUGAAGCCCAUGAGAGGACCAUUCAUACUGAUGUUCUCUUUGGCUUGUUGAAACAGCUGGUCAAGCGCAGGCCGGACCUUAGGUUGAUAGUCACUUCAGCCACACUUGAUGCAGAGAAGUUCUCUGGCUACUUCUUUAACUGCAAUAUAUUUACAAUUCCUGGGAGAACGUUUCCCGUAGAAAUACUCUACACGAAGCAGCCGGAAACUGACUACUUGGAUGCAGCUUUGAUUACCGUUCUGCAGAUUCACUUGACAGAGCCUGAAGGUGAUAUCCUUCUCUUCUUGACCGGCCAAGAAGAGAUUGACCAUGCGUGCCAGUGCCUUUAUGAGAGAAUGAAAGGGUUAGGUAAGAAUGUCCCGGAAUUGAUUAUUUUGCCUGUUUAUAGUGCUCUUCCUAGUGAAAUGCAGUCGAGGAUCUUUGAACCGGCUCCUCCUGGGAAGAGGAAAGUGGUUGUGGCUACUAAUAUAGCCGAGGCAUCUUUGACUAUUGAUGGGAUAUAUUAUGUUGUCGAUCCUGGCUUUGCAAAGAUGAAUGUGUAUAAUCCAAAACAAGGGCUCGAUUCCUUGGUUAUUACUCCCAUCUCACAAGCAUCGGCCAAGCAGCGAGCUGGGCGUGCUGGGAGAACUGGUCCAGGGAAGUGUUACCGUUUGUACACGGAGAGCGCCUACCGUAAUGAAAUGGCACCCACUACUAUUCCAGAAAUCCAAAGGAUUAACCUAGGAAUGACAACACUGAAUAUGAAGGCUAUGGGAAUAAAUGACCUUUUGUCAUUCGACUUUAUGGAUCCCCCAUCACCGCAGGCACUUAUCUCUGCUAUGGAGCAGCUGUACAGUCUUGGAGCUUUGGAUGAAGAGGGGCUUCUGACUAAAUUGGGUAGAAAAAUGGCUGAAUUUCCACUAGAGCCACCCUUGUCGAAGAUGCUACUUGCUAGCGUGGACCUUGGUUGCAGUGAUGAGAUUCUGACAAUUAUUGCAAUGAUUCAGACUGGAAAUAUCUUCUAUAGGCCAAGAGAGAAACAAGCACAGGCAGAUCAAAAAAGAGCAAAGUUCUUUCAGCCAGAAGGCGACCACCUAACGUUACUAGCUGUUUAUGAGGCCUGGAAGGCCAAAAAUUUCUCAGGGCCAUGGUGUUUUGAGAACUUUGUGCAGUCACGUUCACUUAGGAGGGCGCAGGACGUGAGAAAGCAGCUCCUUACUAUCAUGGACAGGUAUAAACUGGAUGUCGUCUCUGCUGGCAAAAACUUCACGAAAAUCCGGAAGGCGAUUACUGCAGGUUUCUUCUUCCACGCGGCUCGCAAGGACCCCCAGGAGGGUUACAGGACAUUAGUGGAGAACCAGCCCGUAUACAUUCAUCCGAGCAGUGCCCUGUUCCAGAGACAACCGGACUGGGUCAUAUAUCACGAGCUCGUGAUGACGACGAAGGAGUACAUGAGGGAGGUGACCGUGAUCGACCCGAAAUGGUUGGUCGAGUUGGCCCCAAGAUUCUACAAAUCUGCCGAUCCGACGAAGAUGAGCAAGCGGAAGCGGCAAGAGCGCAUAGAGCCCCUGUACGACAGAUAUCACGAACCUAACUCGUGGCGGUUGAGCAAGCGCCGCGCCUAACUGGUGUAUCUGUAUCAAUUUUGUGUGUUUUCUUUCUUCUUAUGUACUCUUCGUUCAGUGCUUGUAUUGUUCCAGUAUCUAUUCAUCAACUAAGCAGUAAGUUUUCGAUCAAUGUAGAUAUGUUCGAGGCUAACAUCUUUUUAUGUGAUGAACUGAA